GACAGUCGGCUUGUUCUGCCAAGUAGAACGCCAGUGGAUGGAACGAAGGACGAGGUGGAGCCUGCCUUCCCGAGAUUAGUAUGAAGAAUGACAACAGGGGGAGGACGUUGCCUGCUGAUGCCAGUUCUCUCGGGAAUCAGAUUUGGAAAGAAAUAUGGACUAGACUUCUCAAUGUUAGCCAUGGAAGUAGCACUUUCUCCCAUCAUGCCUCUGGAAGUGGAUUCUGUAGCUGCUGAUGCAUCCCCCAUGGUCAUCAACAUGACCCCCACCACGGAGCAAGAAGGUGGAGAAGAUGCCAUGAAAGACCUUGAUUCUGGACAGCAAUAUGACAAGCCUCCCCCUCUCCAUACUGGAGCUGACUGGAAGAUCGUUCUCCACUUGCCUGAGAUUGAGACCUGGCUCCGGCUGACAUCAGAAAGGGUCAGGGACCUGACUUACUCGGUCCAGCAAGAUUCAGACAGCAAGCAUGUGGACGUUCAUUUGGUGCAGCUGAAAGAUAUAUGUGAAGAUAUCUCUGAUCACGUUGAACAAAUCCAUGCUCUCCUGGAGACUGAAUUUUCCUUGAAGCUCCUAUCUUACUCUGUCAAUGUGAUUGUUGACAUCCAUACAGUACAGCUUCUUUGGCAUCAACUUCGAGUUUCUGUCUUAGUUCUGAGAGAGAGAAUUCUACAGGGACUGCAGGAUGCCAAUGGGAAUUACACCAGGCAGACUGAUAUUCUACAAGCCUUUUCAGAGGAAACAAAGGAGGAUCGUCUUGACUCUUUAACAGAAGUGGAUGAUUCAGGACAGCUAACCAUCAAAUGCUCUCAAAAUUACUUGUCCCUGGAUUGUGGAAUUACUGCAUUUGAACUAUCAGACUACAGCCCUAGUGAAGACUUGCUGGGUGCUCUUGGUGACAUGACCUCCAGUCAGGCAAAAGUGAAACCAUUUGAGUCUUGGAGUUGCAGUGAAAUGGAAAAAGACCUUCCAGAGCUUAUCAGAAGUGUGGGGUUAUUGGCAGUAGCAACAGAUUCAAUUGCUUCCACAUGUAAUGAAAGCAUUAAUGGGAAAGAAAUCCAUUUGCCCCUGGCAACAGACCAUCAGGAAGAACAGUGUUGCAGAGCAUCGUCAGAUAUAGCAUCCACUGAACUUUCAGUCUCUCUUAUUUCUGGGAACUUGCCUCUUUGUAAAACCUCUUGUGGGGAAGGAUGUGUUGGAUCAACUGAUGGCAAUGCUAUCUUUGAAUUAGUGAAAGAGGAGCUCAGUCCGUUAGCCUCCAAUGGAGGAAGGGACAAACAGCAUUUUCACAGUGAAAACCCAACUCCCAAGAGAUCUAUAAGAGACUGCUUUGAUUACAAUGAAGAUUCUCCUACACAACCAACCCUGCCCAAGCGAGGUUUCUUUCUCAAAGACGAUAUAUUUAAAACAGAUAUGAUGGUCAAUGAUAUAAAAAAUCAGAUUGCACUGAUGUUUAAGACAGAUCUAAGUAGGAGCACACCCUCACUGUUAGAUCCUCCAGACAGAUCAAAGCUUUGCCUGGCUUUACAAACAGCCUACAACAACUGUCCCUCUGCCAUUAGUCAGUCGUGUGAUUGUUUACACAACAUAAGUGACCAGAAUCUCAAGUACACAAUUCAGAAUCACUUGAAGGAAAAUUCCAUGGGCCUAGCUAAGUCUAGCGACAGCUUGAGGAGGAAAAAACUGAGGAGCAAGAAGUCACACGACAUUCCUGAGGAAGUGGCAUCAUGUAGGAUAUCUGGAAUUGUGUCAGAUACUACUUCAGCAAAGCAGGUGAAUAAAAGAGGACUUGCUGCUUUGAGGAAAGGAAUUCCUUUUGGUAGCUUGCAAUCCAUAGAAGGAACGGAAAGUGACUCCACCUCCACAUCUUCCGAUCUUUGCAAACAGCAGGGACUGAAUGGCCAAAGUUACAUUGAGAGAGAUUCUGCUUCACCCGCUCAUAGCCAAGUAAGUGGUUCUUCAGCUGUCUCAGAGUCUGCAGUGUCUUCAUCCCCGGUUCUCCCAAGAAAUGAGAGUGAAAAGACCCAUUCAUCUUCACCAGAUUCUGGCAAUACAGAUGGGAAAGCUGCUGAGAUAUGGUAUGGUUCCGAUGAAUAUUUAGCACUUCCGACACACCUCAAACAGACUGAAGUAUUAGCUUUAAAAUUAGAAAAUCUGACAAAAUUGCUUCCUCAGAAGCCUCAAGGAGAAACCAUUCAAAACAUUGAUGACUGGGAACUUUCAGAAAUGAAUUCAGAUUCUGAACUUUACCCAACGUAUCAGAUAAAAAAGAAGCACAAGCGAUUAGGUAGAGUUUCACCAAGCUCUUCGAGUGACAUAAUAUCCUCAGUUGGAGACAGCAUUGAAUCUGGACCUCUUAGUGACAUUCUUUCAGAUGAAGAGCUUUGCACAUCCUCAUCUAGCAUUAAAAAAUACUUAGAAGACAGGCCAGGAAAACGACCAGUAACUCACUCCACUGAUAAAAAUGAAAUAUGUCCUCCAAAUAAAUCAGCUUUAAUUCAGCAGCUGCUUCAAGAUAUACAGCACCAGGAUAAUUAUGAAGUUAUAUGGGGGAAAAUGGAGGGAUUUGUGAGCAAGUUGGAUGAAUUCAUUCACUGGUUAAAUGAGGCUAUGGAAACCACUGAGAACUGGACACCUCCUAAGUCAGAAACAGACAGCCUUAAACUCUACUUGGAAACACACUUGAGUUUUAAGCUGAAUGUAGAUAGCCACUGUGCUUUGAAGGAAGCUGUUGUAGAAGAAGGACGCCAACUUCUUGAUCUUAUAGUAUCUCACAAAUCAGGACUGAAGGACAUGUUGCAGAUGAUUGCAAGUCAAUGGAAAGAACUACAGAGGCAAAUCAAACGACAACACAGCUGGAUUCUUAGGGCUCUGGGUAUCAUCAAAGCUGAGAUACUGGCUACUGAUGUGUCUGCGGAGCAUGAGGAAGGGACUGAGAGCCCCAAGGCUGACGUUCAGCUAUGCUAUCUGGAAGCACAAAGAGAUGCUGUUGAACAGAUGUCCUUAAAGCUGUACAGCGAACAGUACAACAGCAGUAGCAAGCGAAAGGAAGAAUUUGCGGAUAUGUCAAAAGUUCACACAGUGGGAAGUAAUGGCCUUUUGGACUAUGAUUCAGAAUACCAGGAGCUCUGGGAUUGGCUGAUUGACAUGGAAUCCAUAGUGAUAGACAGCCAUGACCUGAUGAUGUCAGAGGAGCAGCAGCUUCAUCUUUACAAGAGGUACAGUGUGGAGAUGUCAAUCAGACACCCCAAAAAGAUGGAACUUCUGGGUAAAGUUGAAGCUUUCAAGAGAAGUGGUGUGUCACUACCCAACGAUCUCCUUGAAAAAGUGGAUUCAAUUAAUGAAAAAUGGGAGCUGCUUGGGAAAACCCUAGGAGAGAAGAUCCAAGACACAAUGGUAGGACACAGUGGGUUAGGUCCACGUGACCUGCUUUCACCUGAAAGCGGCAGCCUGGUAAGGCAGCUGGAGAUCAGGAUCAAAGAGCUGAAAGGGUGGCUGAGAGAUACUGAGCUUUUUAUCUUCAAUUCCUGUCUGAGGCAAGAAAGUGAAGGAACAAUGAAUGCUGAGAAACAACUCCAAUACUUUAAGUCGCUGUGCUGCGAAAUUAAGCAGAGGCGCCGAGGGGUGGGCUCAAUCCUGCGCUUGUGCCAGCACCUCCUUGACAAUCAAGAUACCUGCAAUCUGAAUGCAGAUCAUCAGUCGAUGCAGCUGAUCAUUGUAAAUCUUGAAAGGAGAUGGGAAGCCAUCGUCAUGCAAGCUGUCCAGUGGCAAACUAGACUGCAGAAGAAGUUAGCAAAACAUUCAGAAUCCCUGAAUGUUAUUGAUCCUGGCUUAAUGGAACUAAGUGGCACAAGUGAAGAUGCUCUAGAAUGGGAUGAAAUGGAUAUAAGUAAUAAGCUAAUUAGCAUUAAUGAGGAAUUCAAUGAAUUUGAUCAAGAACCAAAGCAAGAUGACACAAAGCUGAACCCACCAUUUGAAGCAUGUGCUAUUAACACCAGUCCAAAGCAAGAGGAAAACUCUAGUAUCCAUGGAAAUAGUAUAAACAGUGCAAGUGUUACAGCUACACCUGGCCCUCAAGUCUACCAAGUGUACAGCCUUCACAAUGUAGAGUUAACAGGACAAAACCAUAAGCCCUUCAUGGCAAAAGGAUCAAAUCCACCCAUUCUUAGACAUCCAGAUGUUUUAAAUAAACACACCAAUAAGGACUUUUCAUUGUCACCCACCAAACAUUUACCAGAUCUAACAGGUAGCACCAUUCUGACAACACCACAACAUUAUAUGUAUCACAGUGGAAGUGUAAGCAGGCACUCUGAGAGUCAGAAUAAAAUAGGCAAUGAAAGUGAAGCAGAAGCUACUAAAAGUUCUCAAAUCCAUUUGACAGGUGACACUGAAGGGAAGCAGGAGAAUUCUGCAAGUAGCAUUUCACAUUCCCAAUUAGGGAAUCCUGUUGAUGCGAUAAAGGAAGACUUUAAGCAGAAGGAUGAUGAGAACCAUCUUAAUGUCUUAACUACUUCUCAGUCAAACUGCUGCGACAAAGCAAAAAAUGUGGACAAUAUUAUUGAAAAUAGUGCUCAGAAUUCAGAAGAAGAGUUACAACAAGGGAAACACAAUGUAUUUACAUUUUAUGAUUAUUCAUAUCUUCAGGGUUCAAAGCUCAAGCUGCCAAUGAUAAUGAAGCAUUCGCAUUCAGAAAAAGUGCUCAAGCAAGGUAGUUUGCUUCAUGGGUUUUAUUUUGAUAAAGUCCCCUUAAAAUCUGACCAUCAUCCAAAAGGAUGUGCCCCUAUGGAUGAGCUUGCUUUAUCAACAGAAUUAGAUGAUACAGAGCCCAAGUGCUGUGAAUUUGUGGAGAAUUUAAAGAAAUUAAAUGACACAGCAAAUCCAAAACAGCUUUCAACUUUAUCUCAUAGCUCUUCUCUGGACUCCCUUCCUGUGACAAAUGAUUUAUUUGGCUCAACUGUUUUUAGAAGUGGAGAGGGUCUUCAUCGGAGCACUUCCUUGGAGAGUUGCUUAACACCCUACAAAAGCAACGAAGAUCUUUUUAGUUGCAAUGGCUCUGGAGACUUAAGUGGAAGUAGUGAUUCUGUAGGGGAACUUAGCAAAAGGACGUUGGACCUUUUGAAUCGUUUAGAAAAUAUCCAGAGCCCUUUAGAUCAGAAAAUAAAGCGCAGCAUCUCUGACAUCACUCUCCAAAGCACUUCUCAAAGAAUGUCCUUGACUGGUCAGUUAUCAUUAGAUAUUGCAUCUUCUAUCAAUGAAGAUUCACCUGCCUCUCUGACUGAGUUAAGCAGCAGUGACGAUUUGUCUUUGUGCUCUGAAGAUAUUGUAUUGCACAGAAAUAAAGUACCAGAUUCAAAUGCAUCAUUCAGAAAACACCUCAAUCGGUCUGUAGCUGAUGAGAGUGAUGUCAACGUUAGCAUGAUUGUUAAUGUUUCCUGUACCUCCGCUUGCACUGAUGAUGAAGAUGACAGUGAUUUGCUAUCAAGUUCUACCCUCACCUUGACUGAGGAAGAGCUGGGCAUUAAAGCUGAAGAUGAUGACUCCAGUAUUGCAACUGAUGAGGAUAUUUAUGAAGACUGCAAUUUAAUUUCAGGACUUGACUACAUAAAGAAUGAACUCCACACUUGGAUCAGACCCAAAUUUCAUCUGACAAAGGACAAGAGAAGGAGCAUCUUGGAUGAUGAAAUCCAAGGCUGUAAGGAUUUACGGAGUGAUGAGACUCUGAAAGCAAAAGAUUCACUCAGCAUUGAAAAUUUUUUGAAUGAUUCAAUACGUAAGCUCUCAGAAAAUAAUGGCAACAGUAAGACUGCAUCUGAUAAUCAUGAACCAGAAACAAAAAGGCAAACUAAAAAUCAUGUUUUUCAAGUUUCCAAAGAUCAUUUAGUGGAUGAUAUGGAAAAUGGAAAUGUUGCAAUUACUCAUGAAAGCCCCAAAGAAGAACUUACUCAGAUAUCACCUGUUGCCAUGAAUGUUGGUACACAAAAUAGUAAAGGAAGUGAAAAUGACAGUCAUAUCUGUGAAGCAUUUACUGAUAGUUCAGAUGAUUCACACAUGGAUGGUAAGGAGUCUGUUCAAGUGUCAGAAAUAUCAAAUUCUCAAAAAGCAUAUAAAAAACAUUUUCCAUUGGACAGGUCUUCUCUUAAAAAAUCUUUCACAGAAUUUGAUUCAGAUAUCAAAGACACAGAUACAGCAACACCUGAUACAGCAUUACCGGAAUCAAUGCCAAAUGGCCAAAAAACCAGAACAGAAUUUAUUGAAUAUGGUAGCGAUUGCUGUGCAUCUUUUAAAUCCAAUGAAGCAGUAAAAAAUACAUCAGUGGGCAGUAGUGAUUCAUGCUGUAACUGUGAAUCGUCUGCCUUUGAUAAAAGAAAUGGAGAAGAUUGCUCAGUGCAUAACUUUGUCAUGGAGAUAAUUGACAUGGCCUCAACAGCAUUGAAGAACAAGUCACAGCCUGAAAGCGAAUUGGCUGCUCCACAUUCAUUGGCCCAGAUCAGAGAAAAAGUUUUAGAGCAUUCUCACAGGCCAAUCCAACUUAGAAAGGGAGAUUUUUAUUCUUAUCUCUCACUCUCUUCUCAUGAUAGUGACUGUGGGGAAGUAACUAAAUAUGUUGAAGAAAAGAGCAGCACACCAGUACCACUGGAUUUUGCAGAAAAUAUUGAAUGCUUUUUUGAAGCCUGCCCUGAAGAAGAGAGAGUAGAACAGCAAGAAUAUGUAGCUAAUGAAGAAGCUGGAGCAACUUUGGCAAAAUAUGAAGCUCUGGAUUUAACAGAUGGACCUGAAACAUCUGGUGAUUGUAGUGGCUUUUUCUUAGGGGAGGAGACAGAUAUAGGUUUGCCAACUUGUCUUAGUCAGAGGGUUUCAGAUAAUUUAGAAAAUUCUGAUAGUGAAUGUUUGAAUCUGGACUUUUCUAGUGAAUGUGCAGCCUUGAAUUCCCUUGCAAUUAACUCUGAAGAAAUUGAUCCAGGAAAGUCACUUGGGGUUGAAAAAUCAGAAGAUCUUGACUCUUCUCUAAAGGCCUCAACUCAAGCCAUUCAGUUAAAGCCUGACAACUUGAAGGACGUUUUGCACCAGGACACUAAAACUCUUACAUGUGAAGAAAACCUCCUGCAUCUUCACAAGGAAAGGCACAUAAACACACAGAGAUAGAAUGUAACCCAGUCUGAACACACACACAUGUUAUCUCAUAAACAGAAACUUGGCUGCAUUUCAGGUGCAGACUUAUCCUCUAAACCCUGGGAAGACCUCUAAUUCCAUUGUAUCACUGCCUUUUGUUACACUUGAUUCCCAAGAUGAAUUUUCUUUCCAAAUGUGAUUUGUCCAUGUUGGCUUUUGUGACCAGGAUGCAUAUGCUGGUCGUAUUUCAACUAUCAUUUUGCUUUGUGGCAAACCAUUUGCUUCCAUUUGGAUUUCUCUCCUAAGCUACCUCUUAACAGUCUACCCCUCCAAAUCUGUAUGCUUCUUACGACUUCUCACCCAGUAUUUUUUUAAAUGAUGUUGCAGUUCCACCAAGUAUCCGGUUCACUAGCUCAAAACUGUAAAUGUCAUUAAUUCUCCUAUUUUAUGUAUCAAAUUUGGUAUUUUCUGUGUAUAAUGCAUAAUUGUUUCUUGAAAAUAUUUUAUGUUCAGAAUGAAAGCUUUCUUUGAUUGUUGCAGAAGAAAAAGAUCCUCAUUCAAUUCUAAAGUUCCAUAAAAUAAAUACCAAUUUAUCCUUUUGGGUUUUUUAAAAAGUAUCUAUGCAACACUUCAAGACACCGCUACACAGUGUUGUAUAUUAAGAACUGUUAAGAUUCUAGUGAAUUAAGUACAACAUUUUAGUUUUCUACUAUGCUUCUUGAGGUGGUAAUCAGAAAAAAAAUCCCACAUUUUUAAAAAUGGUGCCUUGCUGUAUUUCUUAUACCAUUUAUUAAAAAUCUGCUUUCACAGUAAAAUUAUGUUGGUUUGAAGAAAGAAAAUAGCAAGGUGUGAAUAAUUUCUGUAUAUAUGUAUAACCAAGUGCAAAUAUUGAUGUAUAAUGACAGUAUAAACCGCUUUAAUGUUUGUGAUGCCCAGUGGUGUGGAAAACAUAAGCCUUAAAAACCACUAGAUUGCAUGAUAAUUAGAGCUGGCAUAAUAAACAUAGUUUACUGGGAAAAAUUCAGAA